CGAGCUGGGGCUGGGGGCGGUCACCGGCGGCAGGUCCCGAGGAUGCGGUGGCGGUUGCUGUGGCUCCUCUGCGCCGCCGCCCGCUGGUGGGGCGCCGGCGGCAAGACGCUGCGGGGCGGAUUCGCCAGCGCCGCCGCACGGCGAGACCCGUGGCGGCCGGUGGCGCGGUUCCAGUUCUACGGUGACCAUGCUGUUCUGUGUGUCAGAAUCAAGAACGUAGCAGUAGCUGUGACAAAAGCAGCUAGACUUCACCUGUUUCAAGCACAGGAAUGGCAGAAGCUGCAGAAUGGCAUCGAAGAUCAGAGCUGUACAGAGAAGUUCUCCAAAGCUCAGCUGACAAUGACUGUGAACCACACAGAGCAAAAUCUGACAGUGUCCCAGAUUCCUUAUCCAGAAACAUGGUAUGUGUUUUAUGUAGACAAGUUUACCUGCGAGGAGAAUUAUUCUGAAUCCGAGGAUAUUCAGUUUGAAAUGGUCUUACUAAACCCAGAUGCAGAAGGCAAUCCAUUAGAUCACUUUAGCGCAGGGGAAUCUGGGUUGCAUGAGUUCUUUUUCCUGCUUGUCCUAGCAUACUUCGUAACUGCUUGCAUAUAUGCACAGUCCCUAUGGCAAACACUUAAGAAGCGUGGACCUAUGCAUACUGUACUAAGGGUGUUGACAGUUGCAUUACUGUUGCAGGCUGGUUCAGCUCUUGCCAACUACCUGCAUUUCUCAAGUUAUUCUAAAGAUGGAAUAGGAGUACCUUUUAUGGGAAGUUUGUCAGAAUUGUGUGACAUAGUCUCACAGAUACAAAUGCUGUAUUUAUUGUUGAGUCUGUGUAUGGGUUGGACAAUAGGCAGAAUGAAGAAAUCUCAUGGCAGACCUCUUCAGUGGGAUUCCACUCCAACAUCUACUGGCAUUGCUGUAGUAGUUGUCGUUACACAGAGCUUUUUACUAAUCUGGGAGCAGUUUGAAGAUACGAAUCACCACAGCUACCAUUCACACCAUGGCUUAGUAAGCGGUCUGCUUAUUGGCCUCAGAGUUUGCCUAGCUUUAUCACUGGCUGCUGGUCUUUACCAGAUCAUCACAGUGGAGAGAAGCACGCUGAAAAGGGAGUUCUAUAUCACCUUUGCCAAAGCCUGCAUUCUCUGGUUUUUGUGCCACCCAUGUCUUGCAACCAUUGCUGUAAUAUUCAGAGAAUAUCAAAGAGAAAAGAUUAUUACCAUGGGUGUUAUCCUCUGUCAAUGCAUCUCCAUGGUUAUCCUCUACAGACUUUUUCUAUCUCAUAGUCUAUAUUGGGAAGUAUCUUCACUGUCAUCAGUGACAUUGCCACUAACAGUAUCCUCUGGACAUAAAAAUCGACAUCACUUCUGAGAUGUUUAGGAAGAGUACCUUCUGUAAUAAAUGUGCAAUAAUGACUUAAAUAUACAGGUAUUUUUGUCACAGGUGUGUCAUAGAUUGGUUUCACUGGAAAAGAGUAAUAAUAUAAGAGCACUUCACAGACCUUUGGUCUGACAAGUUCCCUAGAUUGAUCUGUUGAAAGUAUUGUGGAGUAGAAAAAUCCAUAAUUUGAAUAAUUCCAUAAAUAUUAUAUGCAGCGUGUGGUGUUGAGCUGUAUCACGGAGAAGUACAAUGAAUCUUUUCUCUCUCAUUCAAAGACACAAAAAAAAGUCCUUGUUUUGUAUCAAUACAAGGUUUGAAUGUCUUACAAAAUGCAGUUCUUAAAACAUACAGGCUCAAAAAAGUCUGAAAUUGGCCAGUUGUGAAACUGGUGUGAUGUGUAAUGAUGAGUAAAAGUUCCUUUAUUUUCAUGCUUUAGAGAAAAUGUAUUUUAUAUAUAAGUAUAAAAGAAGGGCAAACAAAAGAAGGGGAGUCCUCUACAAAGCACAUGUAAAACGUUCCCAACUGCCUGUGAGAAACUUUGCGUUAUUAUUGGUGUAAAAGAAAAGACACUUUUGCAACUAGUAUUCAUACUGGUUAAAAUUUUAAGGGGAAGGAAAAUAGGGUUUAUCUGCCUUUUUUUUUUCUUUUUUUUUUUUUUAAUAAAUGUAACUACAAAUUUAACCCAGUAAUGAAGGUCUAAACAGUAUUUGACACUUAGAAGGCAUAGCAACAUGAAGAUACUUAAAACAGCAGGCUUGCAUCUUUUAAAUAAAAAAAAAGGCAGAGAAAAUAGAAUGGGUGAUGUGGUACUAGAAUUUUAAUCCUGAUAUAAUUCAUUUCUGUUACAUUGAGGAUUCAAUCAUAAUUAAGCCAUAUACACAGAUUAAAUUAACAGAAGCAUUUCAAAUAAAUGUUGGUUUCAGUCAUCAACUACCCAUGAAUUCCUGCCCAAGGAUACUUAAUCAGGAUUAAAUUUUCUAUGAAUAAUUGAAAAACAAAAUACUCACUGGAUUUGUUAUAAUCCAUGUUGGCACUGGGUUCUAAGUAGUUGCCAUCUUCCAUCCAUUGUAAUAAAGCCAUACUACUUUGUGAUGCCCUAGUAUUCAGAAAGCCAUUGUAAAUGUAUACUUUAUUGAAGUGCCUAUUUAUUAUGAUUAAAUCAUGCUGACAUUUUAUUUCCUUCAUAAUAAGAACAUACCUGUUACCAUUGUGAGUGAAAUCUUUCUUUAUGGGUUUGCUUUAGUAUUUGUCAAAUGUUAGACUUCUUUUCAUACAUGUGUGUUUCUUCACAAAAUGGGUUUUAUUUUCUAGUAAAUGGAUGUUUGUUUCUUCUUAACAGUGUGUAUUUAGUUAUGUCUCUAUGAAAACGUGAAGACACCGGGGUUCUAGCUUUAAAAUAGCCCUAACUUUUCUGUUCAUGUUUGCCUCAGUUGUAAGCAUAGUUCAAGUCUAUUCCAUUUUAGUUUAGAGGCAAAACUAGACAUUUGCCUUUGACUAAGGCAAAAUGGCAACAUGACAAAGUUGCUCAUUAAAUCAUCUCCUUUCUUAUUGUUUGUAAUUCAGAUUAAGAAUGGCAGGUUGAGGCUGGAAAAGAUGAGAUAUUAUGAUUUCACACAAUCUUCAGAAUGAUUAAAAGAUUAAUUAUUACAUUCCUCUGAUAACCACACAAAAAUAUUAUUGGUUAAACUUCAGUCUUUAUUUUCCUGCUUAUCUCUGUACUUUUCAUCUUUGCAAGAAAAAAGCAUCCUGUUUUUUGAUAAGUCUCCAAUAAUGCAGUAGAAGAGUUCUAUCUGUGCUCAUGUGUAAGACAUGAAAUUCACACAUAAAAUAGAAUUUUCUGAUAGACACAAGAACUACUUUACAGUUUACGAUCCGUUAUGAUAAAAGUUCUAACCUAUGCAGAAAAAAAAGUAUGUGACUUUCAGAAGGACACUAUUUGCUUUAUUCUCCAGAAGUGUUUUUUUUUUCUUCCUGUAGUCCCUCACUUCAGUCAGUCAGUAUUAAGGUAAAUGAUACCUUAAUUUCACCUUAUAAAUACACCCUACAACAACUCAUAAAAUGAAUUCAUAGUCAGUCUGAUUGUAAAUACAAAGCAUAAGAUGUUGUCUCUUAAUCUUUUGCAGAUUGCCCCGUAAGUCAUCCGGUGACAUUAUCCUCUUAGUUUUGACAUUGAAAAUAGAAUUUUAAUUUUGCUAUUAAUGUAACUCUGGCAAUUAAAUAUGGCUUCCUAAUGGUAAGCAGUACAAAGGACGUGUUUCUACCCAGGGUCUGUUAGUGUUCUUUCAGUACCAGCACUCCCCAGUUUUAUGUUACUAAAUCAUUAAUGUGUAGCAGUAGGUCAGUAUGACUGCAAUAAUAUUCAAGGUGUUAGUUGAUUCAGUACAGGAUAUCUUGGGGGAAGGCUUCAAGUAUGACUAAUUUACGAAGCUUCAUCCUCACCUGGUCUCUAGCUAGCUUAACUGCCUUUGGAUCGUGCCUGAAGAGUGGUUUUGAGUAUGUGAAAGCCUAUCUCUUCUUCCCAACUUACAUCUCCUAUGAAACCAGCUGAUAAGACAUUGCUUUUUUCAUGCUUAUUCACAGUUACCCAUUUUAUCAAUUUGGUUUCAUAACCUCAUCUUGAAAGAAUAGCUUCCAGCCUUUUUUCAGUUGUCUUCAAUCAGUGCAUCUUGCCUGGAAAACUUUCUUUCUCUUUUUCUAAAAUGUGCUUCUCAUCAUGAAGAAAAAAGUAUGUUUCCUGUCACAAACUGGGGCUUUUGCAUACAUCGGAGGAACUUGUGAUGCACUCUGUGUCAACUGUGCGUUGGGUGACAGCAGCGGUCAAAAACACUCCUGCAGUAUGCCCAUAGCCCCAGUGCAUAGGUGGUGUGGAUUUGUGCCUGCUGAAAGGUGCCAUGUAUUCAGGGAAUUCUCGCAGAGAGCUAGGGCAGCUCUGGGCUCCUGCCACCUCACCACUGCAAGGGGUGUUCUCCCCUAAGGCAGCACUGUGCAGCACUGUUCAGUUGAGGUCAGAUGACAACACCUCACUUGAGAGUUUCUGUGCAUUCUGCAGUUCUGUUUUGAAGCUGCAGUUACAUUAAUUCUAUUGCUGGCAUAUUUCAGUGCUCAGAAAAGUGUAAAUUGAAGUUGGUUGUGCUCCGAAGAAACCCACUUCUGUGUGUGAGGGGGCACCUUCUUACCAGCCGUCACCUUUCCACUGGUAUAGAUGCCAGUUUGCAUCAACUGUGAUUGGUUGGUCUGGGGGAAAGUAUCCCAGUUCAGGAGAAACGAGGGUGAGAUCAUCGACUUGGUCUAUGAGACCCCCCACAAGCUGGCAGGAGGGAUCAUCCUGCAUUGCUCUGGACCAGCUGUGUGGAGGAUGGAGCGGUGCUAGGGCUCAUCACAAGUCUCCUUAAGCUAUUCACUCAUCUUCUGUGUAGAAUGUGGUUAUUGUACAUUUAUUUAAAGUGCUUCAGGUAGGAAAAUUAAUAUUUACAAUUAAAUAUAUGUAGAUGGAAGUGGGAAGGUUUGAUUGGAAAAAUAUCAAGUUUCUAAUACAUAUUGCUAUACUAAGACCUCCCACACAAGAUAAACAUUUAUAGUCAGGUCUAAUGAAUAUUCCUUGCUGGUUCAUGUGCCAAUGGAGAGCCAUGGAAGUAUCAAAAUCUUUUUGUUUGCAUCUUGAGCCUCUACAGAACUGGAAGAAUAUUUUAUUUGGCUCUAGUUUAUUGUGUGCAAUGUUAUGCCUCUAGUUAAUCCAGUGUUUAUUAGGCUGGCCAAAGCUGAUGCUGUACCUUUUAAUUCUUCUUGUGUGACUAUGCAAUGUACAAAGAGCAGGUGAUCCUUGCAAAUGUCAGACAUUAAAAGAGAAAGUAUUGA